AUGUUCGUUAAGGCGUGGGCGACGGCGUGUCGGGGCGAGAUGCCGGCUGCCACGCCGUGCUUCGACCGCUCGCUCGUCAAACUUCCCGGUGGCCAAGAUCUGGCCAGGAGCGGCUUGAGAAAGUUCGCGCCGAAUCUACCGUUGACGGCACCGCCAGCGUGGUUCACCCGUCGUACGUUCACCUUGGAUGUGCAGGACAUCCAACGCCUCAAGCAGCACAUCGUCCGUCUCGGCGUCGGCGAAGCAUCGUCCCACUCGCCCCGGCCUCGCCCCCCGUCCACCUUCGCCGCCGUCGCCGCGCUCGCAUGGACGUGCUUCAUCCGGUGCAGGCCGUUCAUCUCGGACGAGGAAGAAGCGCUGCUCAUCUUCCUCGCUGAUGUCCGUGACCGCCUCGAUCCUCCCGUCGAGGCGGGGUACAUCGGCGUGUGCCUCUGGCCGUGUCUCGUGAAGCUGCCCGCCGGGGAACUCCGCGGCCAGCGCGCCCUGGCGGCUGCAGCGUCGGCGAUCCGGGACGAGGUCCGCAAGAUGAGAGAGGUCCCAGUGGCCACGUGGGAUUUUCAGACGUCGUUGCUGGCCGGCCGCCCUAUGGACCGGCUGAUGAGUGUGUCGGGCUCGCCGCGCUUCAGCGCAUACGAGGACGCUGACUUCGGGUGGGGGAAGCCGAGGCGGACCGAGCCCAUCAGGAUGAACCACGACGGUCAGAUCGCGCUGAUGGGUGCCGGAGACGGCCACGGGGUGCAGGUGUCGGUGUCACUGCUGCAACCGGCGCAAAUGGACUUGUUCAAGUCUCACUUCCUCGACCUACUUGGUUUAACCAAAAACAAUUGA